AUGUGCUCCAUUGGUGCUACCUUAUUAAACACAAUUACGAUCAUCAUCGACAUUAUCGACUCAUGCUCAAUGUGUGGGUUAGGCUGCAUUAAUCUCAUGUCAUUUGAUUCAUUAGUUGUUGUAGCAUCUGAGCCGGAACCAAUUAAUGUUGAUACUACAAGCCAAACAAAUCUGAGAAGCUACUAUCGUACCAGAUCAACACAUUCAUUAGUUGCUGCAAAACCUGAGCCGAAGCCAAUUAAUGUUGAUACUACAAGCCAAAAAAAUGUGAGAAGGGACUAUCGCGCUAGAUCAACAACUGUGACAGAGAAUAUCAUUUCUCAACCAACAGAAGGUGUAGGAAGUGAACCAAUUCAUAUAAAUAUUGUUGAAUCAAGUAAAAUAAAGGAGCACAGAAAUAAAAACUUCAAGAUCAGAACAUUGAAAGAAAAUGUAGAAUCUGGAAAACCAGUUGAUAACAAAGAUAAACAGGAGACAAUACCUAUUGAUAGCACAGGUGUAAGAAGGAUGAAAAGGAAGGGUUCCACGAGAACGACACCUAUUAAGGAUAAUAAGAAAUUGGUAGAAGCAAGUGUUCAAUGGAAAAAACCAAGAAGUUUAAAUGAAUUACUUAUGGAGAGUAUGAGUGGGUCAAAGAGAGACAAUGAAAAGGUAGAAAUUGGUAUGGAUAUGGAAGAUAAGGAAGAUGUUGUUAAAAGAAAAAAAGGUAGUGAAUGA